GGCCACGCCCAGGAGGCGGUGCGCGGGAGCCCCCCAGCCCUUGCUCCCAGCCCUGUCGAGCUGCGGGCCAUGGCGGCCGCCGAGCCCAAGCCCCCAACGGGGGCGGCCGCGGCCCGACGCCUGGCCCGGAGCUGCUGGUCCGCGUUCUGGGACUACGAGACGCCCAAGGUGAUCGUGGUGAAGAACCGGCGUUUGGGCAUCGUGUACCGCGCGGUGCAGCUGCUCAUCCUGCUCUACUUCGUGUGGUACGUGUUCAUCGUGCAGAAGAGCUACCAGGACAGCGAAACGGGCCCCGAGAGCUCCGUUAUCACCAAGGUCAAGGGCAUCACCUUGUCCGAACACAAAGUGUGGGACGUGGAGGAGUACGUGAAACCACCGGAGGGAGGCAGCGUGUUCAGCAUCAUCACCAGGAUUGAGGUCACCCCCUUCCAGACCCUCGGAACAUGCGCCGAGAGUAUGAGGGUCAGCAACGCCACCUGCGACUCGGACGAGGACUGUGUGGCUGGGCAGCUGGACAUGCUGGGAAACGGCCUGCGGACUGGGCGCUGCGUACCUUAUUACCACGGGUCCUCCAAGACCUGCGAGGUGUCCGCCUGGUGCCCGGUGGAAGACGGGGCCUCAGUCAGCCAAUUUCUCGGUACGAUGGCCCCCAAUUUCACCAUCCUCAUCAAGAACAGCAUCCACUACCCCAAAUUCCAGUUCUCCAAGGGCAACAUUGAGAACCGGAAGGGUGGCUACCUGAAGCACUGCACAUUCCAUGAGGUCUCUGACCUCUACUGCCCCAUUUUCAAGCUGGGGUACAUCGUGGAGCAGGCAGAGGAGAACUUCACAGAGCUGGCACACACGGGUGGUGUCAUCGGGGUCAUUAUCAACUGGGACUGUGACCUGGACCUUUCAGCGUCAGAGUGCAACCCCAAAUACUCCUUCCGGAGGCUGGACCCCAAGCACAUCCCAGCCUCAUCUGGCUACAACUUCAGGUUUGCCAAGUAUUACAAAAUAAAUGGCAGCAUUACCCGCACACUCAUCAAAGCCUAUGGGAUCCGCAUUGAUGUCAUCGUGCACGGACAGGCGGGGAAGUUCAGCCUGAUUCCCACCAUCAUUAACCUGGCCACAGCGCUGACCUCCAUUGGGGUGGGCUCCUUCCUGUGCGACUGGAUCUUGCUAACAUUCAUGAACAAAAACAAGGUCUACAGCCAUAAGAAAUUUGACAAGGUGUGUACUCCAAGUCACUCCUCAGGCAGCUGGCCUGUGACCCUGGCCCUUGUCUUGGGCCAGGCCCCUGCCCCACCCUAUCCCUGCUCUCCAGACCCAGGCCAGGCUGGCCAACUGCAGAGUGAGGGGCAGAGCCAGGCCCGGGCUGUCCCACCCCCAUGGCCUUGCCCCACCUCUGCCCCAUCUGAGCAGAUGGUGGAUGCUCCCGAGCGGGGUGCGGGACCAGGGAUUUGCGCCUCCGAGUCUUCCCAACAGGACUGCGUGCUCACAGAUGCCCGAGGUUUGGCCCAGCUCUGAGCCUACUUCCAUCUUCUGCCACACUGCACUUAAGGCCCCAGGCGUGUCAGGGACCUCUGACAUCUGAGGCCCCAGCACAGCCCCUGGCUCUCCAGGGCAGCACAGCUGGGACCAUGGACAUGGGCCCUGCCCAUACACCUCAGCAAAACCAGCAGCCAAAGGGUCCCCAUGCAACUAGACCGUGGGGUGACAUGAAUGGGAUGACGACUCCUGCUCCAUCUUAGCCCCCAACUGUAGCGGCAAGUCCC